AUGGGUGGGCUGGGCCGAGCUUUGUACAUUGUGCAGGCUUUGGUACAUUUCAAAGAAGUCAUUAUACUUCAUUCUGAUGUAGUUGGGGAUGAGGUCUACCCAAUCGAGCAAUUGAACUUUGAUGAUGAGCUGAAGGGCUUAUUCCUCAAGAUUGACGUGAGCAAUAUUAAUGUUGUUGUUAAGUAUCAGAAAAUGCAUGGAUGCAAGACUUGGAUAGGUACUUCAAAGAGGGUUGUUGCUGCUGAAUCCAAUGAGAAGAUGAACAAGAGGUUCAAGGCUUUGGUACAUUCCAAACAAGUCAUUAUACUUCAUUCUGAUGUAGUUGGGGAUGAGGUCUACCCAAUCGAGCAAUUGGACUUUGAUAAUGAGCUGAAGGGCUUAUUCCUCAAGAUUGACGUGAGAAAUACUAAUGUUGUUGUUAAGUAUAAGAAAAUGCAUGGAUGCAAGACUUGGAUAGGAUCUUCAAAGAGGAUUGUUGCUGCUGAAUCCAAUGAGGAGAUGACCAGGAGGUUCAAGGCUUUGGUACAUUUCAAACAAGUCUUGAAAGCUAUGGAUUCAUGGGAAAAAAACAAAAAGAGAAAAGCGAUGGAUUCGUCGGGAAAACCCAAAAAGAAAACAGCUAUGGAUUCAGAUUGGGAAAAUUUGCCUAAGGACCUAUUAGAUCUAGUUUUAGAGAGAUUAGAAUCGAUUUCAGACUAUUUGGCAUUUAGUGUUGUUUGUAAGGCAUGGAAUGGUGUAGCAAAGAAUAAUCGGAGCCAAAGUCGACACACAGCUCCAAUGCUCUUAAUUUCUAGUGACAAAGAGGAUACAUGGAACUUAUAUAACGCUUUGGUACAUUCUAAAGAAGUCAUUAUACUUCAUUCUGAUGUAGUAGGGGAAGAGGUCUACCCAAUCGAGCAAUUGGACUUUGAUGAUGAGCUGAAGGGAUUAUUCCUCAAGAUUGAUGGUUUGGUACAUUCCAAAGAAGUCAUUAUACUUCAUUCUGAUGUAGUUGGGGAUGAGGUCUACCCAAUCGAUCAAUUGGACUUUGAUGGUGAGAUGAAAGGCUUAUUCCUCAAGAUUGACAGAGGUGGCGAUGGUAAAUUUUUUUGCCGAUUAUGUGGGAUGUGCUGGCCAGAUUUGGCCGCACGGAAUGAACACGAGGUUGAACAUUUGAGCAAGUUCGAUGUUUCUUGCUUCCUUAUUUCUGGUAAUUGCCUUAACCUGUCCCUCAAUGAUCGGAACAAUAUAUCAUGUAAGAAGGAUUUGCUUUCUUGGAUUGAAAGUGUCCCAGAUGGAGUUGUUCUAGGUGACUUGGCUGAUGUGUAUGUCUCUGUUCCUUCAGAUUUGAAGGAGUUGAUACAUUCGAAAGAAAUCGUUGUACUAUAUUCUAAUGUAGUUGGGGGGGAAGUGGUCUACCCAAUCAAGCAACUGGAGUUUGAUGAUGAGUUGAAGAGUCUAUUCAAGCAAUUUGAUGUGCGCAACAUUGAUGCUGUUAACAAAUAUCUGAGAAUGCACGGAAGCAAGACAUGGACGGGUUCUUCAAAGAGGCCUGCUGACGCUCGUGAAUCCAGGAAGCUGAACAAGAGGUCAUUGCAGAAAGCUGAGAGCGUGAAUAGAUGUACAGAGGAUGUUUUUGAAGUUUUCCUUAACUUAAUCGAAGAUUGUUGCAGCCUUGAAGGUCAUUGCAGAAUGCUGAGAGCGUGA